AUGGAGCUUGGAAUGCUUGUUUACAGAUUAUACAGAGCUUUAACCUACGGUGUCUCACCGGUGAUUCACCUCCAUCUACAGUGGCGUAGACUCCGUGGCCUUGAGCAUUUCCGGCGAUGGCCUGAACGAUUCGGCCGUCCCUCCGUCGUACGACCGCCGGGAUCGCUUGUCUGGUUUCACGCCGUCUCUUUAGGUGAAGGAAUGGCUACGAUUCCUGUGAUUAGACGCUGCAAUGAAAUGAAGCCAGAUAUGACUAUUCUAAUGACGACGACGACAGUUUCUGCGUUUGAAGUGAUAAAGAAACAACUUCCAGUUGGUGUUUUACAUCAAUUUGCACCGCUCGAUACACCGGUGGCUAUCGACAGAUUCCUUUGCCAUUGGAAACCAAAUGCGAUUAUCAUAAUGGAGAACGAACUCUGGCCUAAUCUCAUCAUGUGUGCUGCAGGACUUCUAAUUCCAUUGGCAUUGUUGAACGCUCGGAUGUCUACAAAAUCCUUUAAACGGUGGUCUAGUCCUCUAUUUCUUCCGCUGGUAUCGUUGUUGCUAUCCAAAUUCUCAUUGAUUGCCCCACUGAGCACCCUGCAGGGUAUACAUUUCCAGCUGCUGCAAGCACCGCCUUUUGUCAUAAAUUUUUCGGGAGACUUGAAAUACGUGGUAAACAACUUCCAUGCAUCUAGUGGAACAUCCGAAAGUAUAAGAUCUCUAAAAGCAGAAGUCUCAGGAAUCAAGGUGUGGAUUGCAUCUUCAUUACAUAGAGGUGAAGAACAAGUCAUUUUAGGAGUUCACAAAAUGCUUCUCCAAUCACAUCCUGAUUCUCUUGUCAUAAUCGUGCCUCGGCAUCCACAUCAUGGCCAACAGAUUGCUCAAAAACUGCGGAAAGAUGGCCAAAGUGUAGCUCUAAGAUCUCAAAAUGAAAAGCUUACAUCAAGGAAGACAAAUAUAUAUGUUGUGGAUACACUAGGUGAACUAAGAGAAUUAUACAGAGUAGCUCCAAUAGCCGUCAUUGGAGGUUCUUUUUUGCCAGGACUAACCGGUCAUAACUUGUCUGAGGCAGCUGCCGCUGGUUGCGCUGUUAUUACAGGUUGUCAUGUUGGGCAUUUCUCUCACAUGGUGAAGACAAUGCAGCAGUUGAAUCCGUUAUCGGUUACACAGGUCUCGACUAAACUAGAGCUCAAAGAAGCGAUCGACUUGCUACUGAGUAACCCUGAGAUCUUGGAAGCACAUAAGAGAGCUUCUAAAGAAGUGUAUGAAUCUCUAUCAAGCUGCAUUAUCUCUAACAUCUGGAAUCUCCUGUGUCUCCAUAUCUUUAAGAGGGUGCAGUGA